CUCUCUAUUCUCUUUAUAUAUACAUAUAUAUUUAACUUAUUAUAAAUCAUAAAACAAGCCAUAGAAAACCACAACCUUUAACAUCAGCAUCAAUAAAUCCUCUCAUAUGAACCGCAGCCUUUGUCGGAGGCGACGUCGGAAAUUAAAUAAUUUUUCUUGAGAAUAUCUUCUUUCAAACCAUCCAUCCACCCUUCUCCUCCUCUCUCCCAUCGUCUUUGAACUUGACGUAAAAUGUUGUAUAGAAAAUUCGAGGCUCCCCGUCACGGUCACUUGGGUUUCUCCCCUCGCAAGAGAACCAGAUCCCACCGCGGUAGAGUCAAGGCUUACCCCAAGGAUGACUCCAAGAAGCCCGUCCACCUUACCGCCUUCUUGGGUUACAAGGCUGGUAUGACCCACAUUGUCCGCGAUCUCGAGCGUCCCGGAUCCAAGAUGAACAAGAAGGAGAUCGUCGAGGCCGUCACCGUCAUCGAAGCUCCCCCCAUGGUCAUCAUCGGUGUUGUCGGUUACGUCGAGACUCCCCGUGGUCUCCGCUCCUUGACCACCGUCUGGGCCGAGCACUUGUCUGAGGAGGCCAAGCGUCGCUUCUACAAGAACUGGUACCGCUCCAAGAAGAAGGCUUUCACCAAGUACGCCAAGAAGUACUCUGAGGGAGCCAAGGAUGUCACCCGUGAACUCGAGCGCAUCAAGAAGUACUGCUCCGUCGUCCGUGUCAUUGCCCACACCCAGGUUGGCAAGGCCAGACUCGGCCAGAAGAAGGCUCACCUUUCCGAGAUCCAGCUCAACGGUGGUAACGUCUCCCAGAAGGUUGACUGGGCUCGCGAGCACUUUGAGAAGGAGGUUACUGUUGGCUCUAUCUUCGAGCAGGAUGAGAUGAUUGAUGUUAUCGGUACCACCAAGGGUCACGGUUUCGAGGGUGUUACCCACCGUUGGGGUACUAAGAAGCUUCCUCGCAAGACCCAUCGUGGUCUCCGCAAGGUCGCCUGUAUUGGUGCCUGGCAUCCUUCCCGUGUCAUGUACUCCGUUCCCCGUGCUGGUCAGCGCGGUUACCAUCGCCGUACUGAGAUGAACAAGAAGAUCUACCGCAUUGCCACCGGUUCCGACAAGAAGUCCGGUUCUACCGAGUACGAUGUCACCGAGAAGGUCAUCACCCCCAUGGGUGGUUUCCCCCACUACGGUGAGGUCAACGAGGACUUCGUCAUCCUCAAGGGUUCCGUCUCUGGUGCCAAGAAGAGAGUCUUGACCCUCCGCAAGUCCUUGACCGUCCACACCAAGCGUUCCGCUCUCGAGAAGGUUACCCUCAAGUUCAUCGAUACUUCUUCCAAGUUCGGUCACGGUCGUUUCCAGACCCCCGCCGAGAAGGCUCAGUUCUUGGGUCCCCUCAAGAAGGAUCUUUAAUUGUGUCGUUGAUACGUUUAAUAAUAAUAAAUAUGAGAAAUAUCAUACUGUACAAAGCAUAGUAAAGCAAACAAGCAUUCAUCAUUUUUUAAAUCUU